AUGUGGCUGGGAUAGAAAAUUAAAAAUGCUGCGGGAACAGUAAAAAAUGUCACUUCGAAUCUCUUGUAAGAAAAGCAAACAGAUUCUGAUAAGAAAUAGGAAUAGACAUAAACUUAAACCUAAAAAUAAUAGGAUGUAAAUCUUUUAGAAUUGGAUGAUCAAAUUACAUAAGAAAUGACUAUUGCAGAGUUGAUUUAAAAAUUCUAAUAGAAUGAUUGCGUGUGUUUGUAAUAACAAUUCGAGUCAUGGAAGAAUUAGGAAAAUUAAUAUUAACUAUUGAAAAGCAAAAUCCUGGGAAUCAGAGCCGACUUCAACCAAUAGUUGGAGCAAUACUCACAGGAUUUGUGGGACGGUGCAUAAAUUGUGGAGAGAUAAAAAAUUGAAUUCAUCUUAAAAGUAUUAGAUUAAUUACAAAUUUCAAAUGAGUUUCAAUAGAUCAUCACAUGGAAUUAGUUUAAUGAGAAAUUAAACAAAUUGUCAGCUGACAUCAAAUAGCUAAGUCAAAUCAAAUAUGCACCUUUGGUUAAAGAAAAUAAACAAUUGAAGGCCAAAUUAUCAUCAUAAAAUCAAGAUUAGAAAGUUCUAGAAUUGUAAAAAAUUAUUGAAACCCUGAAGGAAGAGAAAGAAUAUUCAAAGAAACAAUUCCAAGGAGAUUAUAAUCAACUAGAAAUUCAAUUUCAAGAGCAAAUUUAAAGAUUAAAUCAAGAAAUGGUUUCCCAAAGAGAUUUAUUUGCUUUAGAAAAGUAAUAAUUGAAUAGAGAUAUUGACGAAUACAUCCAGUAGAUCAAUUCGAUGCAAAACAACAAAUAGAAAUAGUCUGCUUUAUUAAAUAUUGUAAAAUAAAUUAAAGAUUUAAAAACAAAUUAAAUUGAUAUUGAAGACUUGAGAAAUCAAUUCUAAAACAUUUAAAGUUUAAUAGAAACACAACUAAUUAACUUUAUCCAAAACUAAAAAUAGUAAGACAAUCAAAAAAUUGAAUAGUAAGAAUAUGAAGAUGAAUUAACCGAUGAAGACAUGAAAUCAGUCUAACAAUUAAUUAGAAUUUAUAAUAGAAAAUAAUCUGAAUCAGGAGAUAAAGAUAUCAUCUAAAAUAAAUAAGAAUUGUUACCUAGACUAUUAAAAUACAUCUAACAUUUACAAAACGAAUUAGAAGUAUUAAGGGAACAGCCAACCUGGUCUUAUUAAUAAAAUCAUACUUCUAGUGAAUAAAAUUAAGAUGUAAUUACUUUGGAGUUGUAGUAAUAAUUGAACUAAACAAGCAAUGAAUUAUACAAGGUUUAAGCUGAAUUUGCAGAAUCUAAGGCAUAAAUAGAAGCCUUAAAUAUACAAAUAGAAGAUUUGACCAAUUAAAAUCUAGAAAAGUCAGCUAAAAAUGAUGAAAUACAAAAGUAACUUUAGGAGAAUUAAAACAAAGGCAAUUAAGAUGAGAAAGCAUUUCAAAAUUAAGAAACAUAAACAGUAUAACUAAUUGAAGACGAGUCUUAAAUUAAAUAAAUUGAAGAUUAAUAGGAUGAAAAAGAACUUAAAAUCAAUUCACCUCCAUAAGAAACUCAAGUAAAUGAUGAUGGCCAAUAGAAUAAUCUCAUUCAAGAAGUAAUCAAAACUGAUAAUGAUGAUGAAAAAUAAUUUAAUUAAAAUGAUCAAUCCAUAUAGACAGCAAUCGAAUAAUGCGAUCAAACAACUUAAAUUCUGUUAGAAACAGAAAAUCAAAAGAAUUAAAUCUCACAAGUAGUUGAAACAACCACCUAAUUUACUUAGCAUGAAAUUAGCCAAGAGAAUUAAGACACUUAAAUUAAUGUAUAAACAGACGAUAAAAAGAUAUAAGUAAUAACUGAAUAAGGAACCUAAGAAACCUAAGCAUAAAUCGAUACAGAUCAUCAGACUACUCAAUAUACAGCAGCCUAAGAAGAUUAAAAUACAUAAACUUAAUCAGAAAUUGAUGAUGAAAAAUAAAUCAAUUUGAAUGAUUAAUAAUAAUAAACUAAUAUAGAUUAGAGUGAUUAAAAUACUCAAAUUUAAAUAAAUACUGAAAAUUAGGAGACUUAAAUUAACAAUCAAGUAGAAACAAACACAUAAUUUACCUAGCAUGAACUUAAUCAUCAAAAUUAAGAUACUCAAAUAACCGUAGAGACGGGAGAAAAAAGAAUUUAAACUAUUAAUCAAUAGGAGACUUAAGAGAUUUAAGUUUAAAUAGAAACAGAAGAUUAGAAUACAUAAUAUGUUACAUCAUAGGAAAAUUAAAACACUUAAACAAUUGAACAAUAAAAUAUUAUUGAAACAGCUGAUCAGAAUACCUAAAUGUCAUUUGAUGAGAAUGAUGAAAUCAAAAAAUAAUUAAUCUAAGAAGAUUAAGAAAUUCAAACUGUUGAAUGCUCCUAAGAUUAAGAUGAGAGUAACCAAAAGAAUCAAGCAUUCAUUUUGGAAUAAUUAAAUUAGGAGAUUGAGAAACUAAAGGAUUAAAUUAAUCAAUAGUAAUAAGCAGCUUAAAUGGAGAAUGAAAAAAGGUUAGAUUAAAUGCGUGAAAUUGAAAAUUUACAUUAAUAGGUUUAAUUUAUAUCUGAAUAAAAAGAUCAAUAAUCAUAGUUAUUGAAUAACUUGUUAAUGUAAAUAGACAAAUAAUAAGGAGAGGAUUCCUCCUAGUGUAAUUAAAGUAAUAUGCUAAUUGAGGAUUUAUAAGCAUAAUUAUAUGAGUAAUUAGUUAGGGUUGAAGAUUAAAAAAAGGAUAUUAUUACUUAUUAAGAUCAUUUACUUCAGAAGGAUACAUAAAAUAAAUAAAUUGAAUAAAAAGUAGAAUUAUUACUUUCAUAAGUGGAGGAUAUUAUGCAAAAAUUCCAAGAAUAGAUGAGUAUCAAUUAAGAAUUAAAGUAGUAAAACAAUUAAUAAAAUUAAAUAAUCACAGAAUUUUAAGAGAAAAAUUAAAGUUUAUAAAAUGAUAUUGAAAUUUUAUAAUCAAAAUUAUCUAAUUUAUCAAAUGACAAAUAAGAUAUUGAUUAGAUUAUUUCUGAAAAUUAAGAAUUAAAAUUCAAAAAUCAAUAAAUUUUAUCUCAAGUGGAAGAGUUCGAAAACAAAUUUAAUGAGUCAGAGAAGUUAUAAUCAGAUUAUGAAUAUCUCGAAUAAAUAUUCGCAUAAUCUUAGAUAAAAAUUAAAGAAUUAUAAAAUUUAUUUGCAGAAUCCCAAGAAUUAUCAGAAAACACCCAGACAGAAAAUAAAUCAUAAAUGUUUAAUAAAUCAACUUCUAUGAAUGAAUAAGAUGGAUUCAAAUUGAAAUUAGAUCAAUAAGAAUUGUAAUAAGAAGAAAUAGAAUAAGUUUAAAAUAAUGAUGAACUCCAAAAAUCAGUUUAAGAAGAAUAAAACGAAAUAAUUGAGUAGAGAGACAAUACUGAAGAUAAUGAAAAAUAAAUAGAAGUUGAUCUUACAAGCUCUAAUAUUACAAAUGAGACAGAGAUAAAGAAAGUAAAUAUAACUAAUAAAUCUGACGAAUUUAUAGAUCUGUCUCAGAAAUAAAAGGAAGGAGAGAUUGAAAAUGUAUAAUUUAAAUCAGAAACUGACGAAUAAUAAAAUUUCCAAGAUUAAUAAGAGUAAUAGAGUGAAAUCGAUAAUAAUAAAAUAACCAACUUAUAGAAUACACUAUUAAAUUCGACACAUUAAAUGAUCGAAUAGAAAAUAGAAGAAAUCUAAUAAUUGUAAGAUUUAAUCUAAAAAAAUAAAUAAAGCGAGUAAGAACUUAGAGAGAUACUACAAGAAAAGGAGGCAAGAAAUUAGAACUUGGAAUUGCAAUUGGAUGACUUAAAAUCACAAUUGAGCCUAAAUCAAUUAAAAGAAGAAGAAUUAAGUUAAUAGAUUAAUUCAUUACUUAAAUAAAAUUAAGAUUAGGAACACAAUUUGAGUGAUUUUUAAAAUUCGAAAUCAUAAGAAAUAAAUGAUUUGAAUUUAUAAAUCUAGAAUUUGGUUGAAGCUUUGAAAAAUUCUGAAUCCUAAUUGACAAAAUAAUAAUAAUCUGAAUGUUUACAAACUGGCUAUGAGGAAGAGUUAAAACAACUUAAGGAUCUUGUUUAGUAAAAUGAAGAAAAAAACCAUCAACAUUAGACUGCAUUAUAAGAGGCUUAACUAGAAUUACAAACCACUAGCUUAGAACUUGAAAAUAGCUUUAAGAAAAUCUCAUAACUUGAAUCUACAAUAGAAAAUAAUUAAGAGGAGAAAAAUUAAUUGGAGAAUAGUAUAAAAGAGUUAUCUGAAAAAGACAAGCUUCUAUAGAUUUAAAUUGAGCAAUACGAAAAAUAAUCUUAAAAUUACACUUAAUAAAUAGAAUAACUUUAGUCAACGCUAAAUUAACUUUAAAAUGAAUAUCAAUAAUUAACCUCUGAGCUCAAUGAAGAAUAACUGAAAAAUCAAAAGAUAAUUGAAAUCAACAAAGAAAAUGAGGUCAAGGUUUAGCUAAUUUAAUAAGAUUAUUAACAUAUAUCUUAAACCUUAGUUAAAUUAGAAUAGCAAUCAUCUGAAGAGAUCGAUGGAUUGAAUGAGCAAUUAUCAUAGAAGGAGAAGGAAAUCUUAAAUCUAAAAUAAGAAAUUUAAGUUUUGUAAAAACAAGUAGAUGAACUGAACUUAAAUAAUGAUGAAAUUAAAAGAAACUAAGAAAUUUUAAGAGAAUAGGACGGUAAAUUAAAGUAAGAGAAAGAAGAGUUGCAAUCCUUGUUAUAGAAAGAAGAAUAAGAGAACUAAAGUAAUGCAGAUAUGAUCGUUGAAUUAGAAAGUAAGUUUGAGAAGGCUGUAUAUUAAAGGAACGAGAUGGAGAAAGAGUAUUUACAAAUUAAGGAUAAAAUUUCUCAUUUAGAAAAAAACUAUAUAUAGAAAAAUGAGCAAUAUAUCGCUUUGUAUGAAGAAUCUAACAAUUUGAAUGAUUAAGUCAAAGGGAAAUAGCAUCAAAUCUAGAUUUUACAAAAGUAGAAUGAAGAUCAAAAUGCAUUUAUAAAGUAAAUAGAAAUUGCACUAACAGAGAUCUAUUCAAAUCUAUCCUAAGAAUCAAUUUAAAGCUUGGAUGUUAACUCUUUAGAUAAAAUUAAGUCUAAUAUUUUAAAUAAUAUCAAUCAAAUUAGAGAGUCAUUUAAAAAAGAAAUUGAAAACCUGACCUAGUAACUUAAGUAGUCGUAAAAGGCAUGCCAAGAGGCUAAACAAUAAUUAGGGGAUUAUUAGUAGAAAUUAAUUUUAUGCGGCACAGAGUAUUCAAAGAAGGAAUAGUAGAUCAAUUAAGAAUUGUAGUAGACUUAGACAAAGUUCAAUGAGCAAGUUGAAAAGGCUAACCAAAUAUUCAAUUAAUUGUAAAAGGUUGAAUAAAAGAAGAAGGAUUUAGAAAAAUAGGUAUAAGAUUCAGACAAAAUCAGAAAGGAUUAAUUGGAAGAGAUAAAAUCGAAAUAGAGUGAAAUAGAGAAUUUGAAAAACUCAAUUAAUAAAAAACAAAGUGAAAUUAAUACUUUAUAGACUUAAUUAUCUAGUUAAUAAUAGGAUAUACAAAAAUUAAAUGAAUAAAAUAAAGUAAUUGUAAAUAAGAAUUGCGAAAUUCAAUAAUUAACAAAAAAAAUAUAGUCAUAUGAGGAGACUAUAGAGACAUUGAAUUAGAGCAUUAUAAACUUUUAAUUUGUUAAUGAAACUGCUUAGUAAAAGUUUGAUAUCAAAGAGGAAGAAUAUGAAAACAAGAUUAAGGAAUAUAAGGAAAAUAUCAAUUAAUUAAAUAAGCAAUUGGCAGAAAGACAGUUAGAUGAAGGAGUCUAGGUUUAAAUUCAAGAGUUGUCUCAAAAGAUAAGAAAGAAAGAAGAAAUAAUAGUGUAAUUGUAGCAUGAAAAGGAAUAAAUUCUUGAGAAUUGUAAUAAGAAAUUUUAGAUGAUUUCUCAGAGUUAAUAAAAUUUAAUUGAUAAAAGAAUAAUAAAGGAGGCAUUAUUGAAUUAUUUUGAUAACAGGGCACCUUAAAAAAUUAGACAAUCUAUCCUACAAUAAUUGUGUUGCAUUUUGACAAUGACAGAAUAAGAGGCAGCAAAAAUAGGUAUUCAAAUACAAAAGUUAAAUUAAUAAGAUAUUCAAUAAAAACAAGAGUAAUAACAAUAAUCAUUAAAGGACAAUUUGUUAAGUUUUUUAUUAAAUGAUUGA